AUGAUGCUGAUGCUGCUUCGAACAUGGACCGCAAGUUGCCCUCUGUCGGUGCUGCACGUAAUUGCGGUCCUGUUGGUGGUGCCUUGGAAGUGCCUUGGUUUCACUGCUGGUCCCACUACAUGUAUUAGUUUGAAGCAAUCAAUAAGAAGCUUGUCACCGCUUGCAGCCAACGACAGCGAUGGCGAUAGCUGCGACGAGACGACAAAAAAGAAAAAGAAGAAGCAAUGGAUCGACAAGGGCGUAGCAUCCUACUCGGACAAUUUCUUAUUGGACUUUCACAACUCUGCUCAAAAUGAGUAUCAAAGUUCAACCAAUGGCCUGAAACUCUGGAAUCAACGGCUGAAUCAAGAGGAGUUUACUUUUCUUGAGUGGCAGGACGCCUUUCAUCGAAAUGGAUUCUCCGAUUUUUGUCCACCCAUGUCAUCCAAUCUCAAUUGUUUAGUGGUGGGAGAAGAUAUCGCCGGACAAACGGCGAAACCACCCGAACCAAAGUUACCCUGGGAAGAAGAGUCCGAAGCGGAGAUUACCGAACUUCGAAUCAGCACGGAUGCUGUGGUGGAUGUAGCCGUAAUUGAAGAAGACGACGAGGAUCAGCCUCCAUCGGAUCUGGCAGUGCCCAAUAAUACUCAGCAGCAGCAUGCUGCCAGUACGAGUGCGUCCAUGAUUCGAACAGAGCGAGUGACAACAACACAACAACAAUCUCAAAAUCCGGGUAACGAUUCUGGCUUGGCCCGUCCGCCCGCUACAGGCCAAGCCGCCGUCUACGACUGCAUUAUUGAUCAGGGACUCAUGGAAGCCGUCCUGGUCUUGGACGACGAAAAAGCAAUCACCGAACUGGCCAUGGAGGCGGCGUUUGCCAUUCGGGAGCAUGGCAUUUACGUGUUGGUGCUUGCCAAGCCAUUGUCCAAGGAUCAAAAGGAGUGGUUACAAACCAGUGGAAUACAGGCUGGACUAGAAUGGAUAUUUGAUCUGGAUGGAAUUUCGGAUGCCAAACAGAAUCAGUACGUCUCUGUGGCACGGCGGUUCAAUACAGGUGAGAUGCCAAAGGUGGGACGGUUGUCCCGAUAUCAGGUGUAG